AUGAAAGCCAUCACCCUUAGGAGUGGAAAACAGCUACCACCAAGAACUCUCAUUAGGGAUAAUGAUAAGCAAGAUGGGAAGGUGGUCAUCAAUGUGGAUGAUGAUGUGGUUAUUAUGGAUGAGAAGACCAAUGAAGAGAUCUUGGAGAAAAUAGUUGAAGCAAAAGGAAAGGGUAAAAUUGGAGAAGAAAAGAAGGGGGAGAACAAGAAUGAAGUUGCUACUUCAUCAAAAGGAGCUCUAUUCAAUCCUCCUCCCUAUGAACCAAAAGUUCCUUUUCCCGGUAGAUUCAAGAGACAGCUUUUGGAGCAAUACAAGGAUUUAUUUGAGAAGCAAAUGAGUGAAGUUCAGAUUACUAUGCCCAUAAUUGAUGCCUUCAUGCUAGUGCCUCAAUACAGCAAGUUCCUCAAGGAUGCUGCAAACCAUCCUAAGAAGCUUGAAGAUCCAGGAAGCUUUACUUUACCUUGUGCCAUUGAGAAAUUUCCUUUUGAGAGGUGUCUAUGCGAUUUGGGAGCAAGUGUGAGCCUUAUGUCUCUCUCCAUUGCUAAAAGGCUUGGCUUUACACAAUACAAGAAGUGUAGACUCUCUCUUGUGCUAGCUGAUCGCUCAGUGAAGAUUCCCAUUGGUAUCCUAGAAGAUCCCCCUGUUAUGGUUGGAAAUUGUGAGAUUCCUACAGAUUUUGUGGUGUUGGAGAUGGAUGAAGAACCAACAGAUCCUUUGAUAUUGGGGAGACCUUUCUUGGCUACAGCAGGAGCAGUUGUGAAUGUUAAGGAAGGGAAGAUUGAUCUUCACUUUGGAAAGGGAAACAUUCUUCACUUUGACAUCAAGGAGGUGAUGAAGAAGCCUAUUAUUCAAAGCCAAGCAUUCUACAUUGAGGAGAUGGAGGUUUUAGCUGAUGAACUUCUAGAGGAGUUGGCACUUGAAGACUCUCUACAACAUGCCUUAACAAUUGAGAGAGAGGUCCAAAUGGUUGAGAACAAGGAAAGUGAUGCUUAUGUGAAGAUGCUGGACUCUCACACGGAUAUUAGUGAUGAAGAACAGAAUAAGAAGCUUUCAUAUGAGGAUCACCAUGCUUCCUCAGCUACUCAACAAGAGAACCUCCAAGAGGAUGAUUGGAGUGAACUCAAAGCACCAAAAGUGGAGCUUAAACCUCUUCCCCAUGGUGUAAGAUCUUCAGGUCCAAGAGGAGAGAUUGUGGCAUUAAACGAGGUGUGGCGAGGUUCAAAACGCUCACAGCGGCCAACCACAGCGGCCUAA